AUGUCCUCCGAGCCUCGUCCUAAAGUUGGCUACAUCUACACACCCCCUUCGAAUUCAAACAGCUACGUCUCAGAUAUUAUAGAGUGGGUUGGCUAUCCACAAUUCGACUUUGACAAUGUCAAGAACUCGUUCUUCAAAGUAGCUUAUAUAAAGGAAGAUAUCAUACAGACUUCGGGCUUGGAGACUGUUUUCCAUCCAACCCUUCACAGAAUACUGAUGAGCUUGCAAUGUCAGCAAAUGGGAUUCAUCAUCCCAAACGGAUGGAAAAAGAUGUGUAUGUAUACAGAUGAAGAAUUCGCCACACUGCCAGCCAUACAGAAGGUCGUCAAUCCACAAGACACAAUGAUCCCCUUGAGUUACAGCGCUGAUCCUGGUGAUGAAGACUUCAUGUCAGCCAUCAGUUCACUAAGUGAAGGGAUAUGGAUGGGCAAUAACACAACUGUGUUUGAAGCGCCUCCCCUUGCCCAUCCCACUAGUAUAGGCUUCGGGCAACUCUCACUAGCUCCGGAAACGCUACCAGCGUCCAAACCCCCUGCAGUUGCACCACAUACAUAUGAUGGGCCCGCACUCCUGCUCACCACUCUCAUUCCACUGCUGAUGUUCAUCACAAUGCCAAAUGUUGUUGAGGGGCGCUAUAUCUCGUGUGACCCCCAACAGUUCCACAUCAGCAUCAAGUACACCCAGGAAUAUCUGGAGAAGCACUUCGUUGCAACGUGGCAACUAUUGCGACCAGUUGUCGAUGGUAGUAACAUUUCCAUGCUGGAUCUGUUCUUUGACGACUACAAUGAAAUUCCAGAACAACUCCUAUCGACUGUAUGUGCUAUGUACAUUGUGAUGUUCAGGCGUCACCUUGUCACCAACCCUGGCAAUUUACACACCGUGGAAGGCACCAGUAAGGGCGCAAUCAAAUUAAAUUCUUGGAUCACUACUCGUGAUGGAACAGGUGGCUGGUUGACUGACCUCCGAAACGCGCUGACGUUAGCAAACAGCCUAAAAGGCCCGCCGGGUUGUCCAGAGCUGGAAUGA